CUAGUCAAUGGACAUUCUCCGUAAUUUUCGUCUCUUUUUUUUUAGAGAUUGUAAUUACUACUAUAAAGUAAAUUUCUCCAACUUUCUGGAAAAAUCCAUCCAGCAAAAGAAAAGAAUUAUUGGUUUAUUGAUUAAAAAUCUCCAGUUCAAAAUUAAGCACUAAUUAUGGGUUUUUGUUUAUUGAUGUCCAAAAAAAGGUUACACAUAGAGACAUUAAUGUUUGCUGCGUUUUAGUUUAGUUUAAGAGUUUAAGACCAUAUCUCAAUCCUUAUUUCCCUACAUUUGUCGUCUUUUGAUGUCCUAAACUCAGAGAUAUUUAUCUAUCCCCUCUCUCUCUCUCUCUCUCUCAUUCUCUUAUUUACUUUUGAUCUUGUGGUGUUAGAAUCAAAGAGACCGCUUAAAGAUGGUGAGUGAAGGAGCAACAAGAAAGGAACUUAACCUAUGCUUCGAGAAGAUGAAGAUGGAAGGAAUCGUGAUCUCUGAGUGGAAAGAUAUCCCUGUGGAGCUUCUUAUGAGGAUCCUAAACCUUGUUGAUGAUCGGACGGUGAUCAUUGCUUCUUGUAUUUGUAGUGGUUGGAGAGAUGCUAUUUCCCUUGGCCUCACUCGUCUCUCCCUCUCUUGGUGCAAGAAGAAUAUGAACAGUUUGGUUCUUUCUCUUGCUCCCAAAUUCGUUAAGCUUCAGACUUUAGUACUGCGACAAGACAAACCGCAGCUUGAGGACAGCGCGGUGGAAGCCAUAGCAAAUCACUGUCAUGAGCUACAAGAUUUGGACUUAAGCAAAAGCUUGAAACUUACUGACCAUUCCCUAUAUUCUCUGGCUCGUGGUUGUACUAACCUCACUAAACUCAACCUUAGUGCCUGCACUUCGUUCAGCGACACUGCUCUCGCGCAUUUGACAAGAUUUUGCAGGAAGCUCAAAAUUCUGAAUCUUUGUGGUUGUGUUGAAGCUGUAUCUGACAAUACAUUGCAGGCUAUUGGAGAAAACUGCAAUCAGUUGCAGUCACUAAACUUAGGAUGGUGUGAGAAUAUAAGUGAUGAUGGAGUUAUGAGUUUAGCUUAUGGUUGUCCUGAUUUAAGAACCCUUGAUCUUUGUGGUUGUGUUCUAAUUACAGAUGAGAGUGUUGUGGCUUUGGCGAAUCGGUGUAUACACUUGAGGUCAUUGGGAUUAUACUACUGCAGAAACAUUACCGACAGAGCGAUGUACUCUUUAGCUCAGAGCGGAGUAAAGAACAAACACGAGAUGUGGCGAACGGUAAAGAAAGGCAAAUUCGAUGAAGAAGGACUAAGAAGCCUUAACAUUAGCCAAUGCACUUACCUAACACCUUCAGCGGUUCAAGCGGUCUGCGAUACAUUCCCUGCACUCCACACUUGCUCAGGCAGGCAUUCUCUUGUCAUGAGCGGUUGUCUUAAUCUACAAUCUGUUCAUUGUGCUUGUAUCCUUCAGGCUCACCGGGCUCACCGCACCCACACCGCUUUCCCUCACCCGGCUCAUUGAACCGGUGUGUGUGAGCCAGAGUGUCUUCUCUUUGGUAUGUGUGUACAUACAUAUAAGCAUAUGGUCUAAAUAAAGCUUCUUUAAGUUUCUUCUUUGUCUUUGAUACAAUCUCAAGAUUUUUAACAUUAUCUAUUAUGGAAAAUCUUGUAGAUUUGCGAAAUAAUUAUUUCUAGCAAUUUGUUUUAA